GGCUGGGGACGCGGUCCUGAAGAUUGAUGGAGGGCCAUGCUGUUCAAACAGCAGGCAUUGCUGAGACAGAAGCUCCUGGUUCUGGGCAGCCUGGCAAUCGGAAGUGUCUUGUAUCUAGUGGCCAGGGUUGGGACUUUGGAUAGGCUACAGCCCACAUGCCCGAUCGAAGGCAGACUCACCGAUCCGGACCAAAUCCCUCUCCGAACUCUCCAGUUCAAGCGCGGCCUUCUGCGUAAACUAUGUAAGGGCAACGCCAGCAGGGAGCAAACCCACCGGCAGAGUCUGGUUCAGCAGCUGCCCCGGGCCAUCAUCAUCGGGGUGCGCAAAGGGGGCACCCGGGCCCUCCUGGAGAUGCUCAACCUGCACCCGGCGGUGGUCAAGGCCUCGCAGGAGAUCCACUUCUUCGACGACGACGAAAACUACGCCCGGGGCAUCGAGUGGUACCGGGGCGAGAUGCCCUUCUCCUUCCCCCACCAGAUCACCAUCGAGAAGAGCCCGGCGUACUUCAUCACGGAGGAGGUCCCCGAGCGCAUCUUCAAGAUGAACUCCUCCAUCAAGCUGCUGGUCACGGUGCGGGAGCCCACCACCAGGGCCGUGUCCGACUACACCCAAGUGCUGGAGGGCAAGGAGCGCAAAAACAAGACCUACCACAAGUUCGAGAAGCUGGCCAUCAACACCAACACGUGCGAGGUCAACACCAAGUACAAGGCGGUGCAGACCAGCAUCUACACCAAACACCUGGAGCGCUGGCUCAAGUAUUUCCCGGUGGAGCAGUUCCACGUCGUGGACGGGGACCGCCUGAUCACCGACCCGCUACCGGAACUGCAGAUGGUCGAGCGAUUCCUCAACCUCCCGGCCCGGAUCGGUCAGUACAACCUGUACUUCAACGCCACCAGGGGGUUCUACUGUCUGCGAUUCAACAUCGUCUUCAACAAGUGCCUGGCGGGCAGCAAGGGCCGCAUCCACCCUGAGGUGGACCCGUCCGUAGUGACUAAGCUCCAGAGGUUCUUUCAUCCCUUCAAUCAGAAGUUUUACCAAAUCACUGGGAGAACAUUCAAUUGGCCGUGAUGCAAACUGAAGCCAUUCAAUGAUUUUACAUGAUGUUUCUUUUAUCGUUAACAUUGACUGCACUUUGAUUGAAUAUAAUGAAAUUAUGAGAACUAAUAUGUGUUUUAUUACUUGCGAGAAUACAACAAAGGAUGAGGGUUUGAUUAAUGGAAUCAUUUGAAGGCACUGAUCAACUGUCAGUGUGUUUUUCUGGAAGGAAAAAUUCAUGUUCCGUUAGUCUUCAACAAAGUAGCCAAAUCCGAAGAACAAACUAAACUCAUCAGAUAAAGUCUUUCAGGUCUGACUGUCACCAUGUUAGAAAACUCAACGCGAUUAAAGCUUGAUCCAGGGUUUGUUCAUUUAAGCGUGCUUUCUUUCCCCUCUCAGCAGCUGUUUCAUCUCUUUUGCUGAACAAUGCUGCAUAAAGCCAUAGUGGAUUUUGAAAAGUUGUCAUGGGAUUAUUCCUGUCUUACCAGCAUUCUGUGCAAAUAUUCAUUCUGUAUCAUUGUGUGUUAUCAAAGAAUCUUAUUAAACAUGCAAACGUU